GACGGUUCUUCAAAGAAGGAAACAAAGAAAAAAGCGAAGCGAAGACUCAGCUUUGCGUCCGAGGAUGAGCAGGUUGAAAUCAAAGCUGAGAACCCUCCAGGAGACAAGAAAACCAAGGAGACUUCGGCUAUGUCGGAAGAUGAGGCUGAGAGGCUCGUCAAAGAGAUGAUGAAAGGGUCCGGAAGCAAGGCAGCGGAUGCAGAAGACAGUGAUUCGGCAUCAGAAAAAGGCGACGAGAACAGCAGCGAGUCAGAAUCAGAGGAGGAGGACAAGAGCGAGGAAGCUGAGGAAUCUGAUGAUGAAAAGGAAUCCAGUUCUGAUGACAAGUCAGGUUCAGAUGCAGAGACUCUGAAGCCAGACGAAAGCAGCUCAGAGGAACAGGAGCCUGAGGAAAGCGAUGUAGAUUCCGAUGAAGAAACAGUUAAAGCAAAGGAAAAGCCACAGGUCGUCAGCAAGAAGCCAGAGAAGGCAGUUGGCACGAGGAAGAAGGUGGCCAGUGACUCUGAGGCCAGCGAUAGCGAGGUUUCUGAGGAGGAGCCCGAAGUUACCAAGAAGGCAGUCAAGAAGGAGAACCAGAAGAUCAGCAAGAAAGACAAGCAUGGGAAAAAGGAGGAUGAAAAGAGCAAUCCAAAGAAAAAGGAUGCCAGUGAGAAGAACAACAAGGCAGUGACCAAAUGUGAGACAAGCAGCAAGGAAAAGAAACGAGGAAGGGAGGAGGAUGGCAAGAAGGCAAAGAAUGUGGAGACCAAGCGUUCAAAGGACAAGCAGGGCAAGAAAGAACCAGAGAGCAAGUUGGAAGUUGCUGAGGCCAAGCUGGGAAAGAGUGCCACUACACCGUCUUCGUCAACUACAACCUCACCUACUUCGGCAACAGCAUCGGCAGAUAGCAGCAGCGAUGACAAGAUCAAUUCGAGCACUCACCACAAAGAGUAUCUUCGAUACCGACGGUGGAUCCGAAAUGGCAAAAGGUUUCCUACAGUCCUUGGAAGUAGACUCACUUCCGAAGAUGGACGUGCCAAGUUGUUCGUGGACUGGGUGAAGUGUGGUGGCGAUGUGGAUGCCAUCAUUUGCAAGCAUGAGGCCAGCCUUUCAGAGUCUCGCCAGAGCCAAGUCAAAUAUGGCUUCAGGAGCGAGAGAUGGCUGAAUGAAAAAUAUGGAGAAGAAAAAGCGAAGCGCAUCAUGGGGCGCAAAGUGAACCUUGGCUUGCUGAUCCCAGACCCCGAGGAGCCAGAGGACAACCUUUACUUCUGCCUGAUCGACAUCGACCUGAAGAACAUCAAUGAGCUCAAAAGGGUGACAAGCUUGGAAGCAAAGGGGCAGGUCUCUGAGGAAAUGAUCAAGGCCUUCACAGAGGCUGGGGGGUGCCUUGACUCCGGGGCUUUGAAAGGAGAGAUGGGCAACAAGGAGGGCAUGACAAAGGCCAUCACCUUCAUGGGUUCGGUUGGCAAAGUCGGUGAUGCAAAGAGCAAAGGCAAAAACAAGCGAGGCAAAGGUGCUUCGAAAGACCCUGACCAACCUGGAGAAGCUAAAGAAGUGAAAGCUGAGACCCCUCAAGCAAAGGCAAGGGCAUUGAUCACAAAGGUGUUGAAAGAUGCCAACACGUGCAGGGAUUUGUCCUUCCGUUUGAAGCCCCUCGAGAUGAGUGACCAACUCAUCAGCCAGUUGAAAGCUCUGCAGAACCAACUGGAGAAGCAAGCACGACGACUUCAGGAGUUGCUCAACGAGGACAAGCAGAAGCUCAAGCACUACACACCGGUGAUGCAGGAGGUUUUCAAUUUCCUGGCCCUGCAGAUUUCAAACCUCAAUGCGCUGGCCAAGAGCAAAGUGGAGCUUGGCAAGGCGCUGAUCCGUGCUGCUGAGAAGGCAAACAAAGGAGAUGAGAGUAAGGCCAAAGAAGCCGAUAGCAAAGGAUUGGAAUUGGUCAAAGGUGCUUCCUAUUCCGCACGUCGCCUAUUGAAGAAGAUUUGCAUAGGGAUUUACAAGAACCAAAAGAUUUGGGUCUACAGCUACUCUUCUAUGGUGCGCAAAAAGGGCGAUUCGUUUGAAAACAAGACUGUGCUGGCAAUUAUUCGGGACGCAGCAUUGGCAAAACCCCAGACACAUGACACUAUGGCAAAAAUCAUUGCAUAUAUCUGCAAAACUUUGCAGACUGGAAAGUAUCCUCUGCUUGACUGGACAGGAAAUGCUUGGGCACCUGACUCUAUGGAGUUCAAGAGGGCUGGACAGUAUUUCACUGCUGAUGGAUGGCGCUGUUGUUUUUCAGCAUUCAAAGGCGAUUUGGAAGCGCGGGUACAGAUACACAAAAUGAUUCGCAACUAUAUGGCCAAUAUGAUUUGUGAGCAUUGCCCUGCAGGAAAGCUUCUGAACUACGCUGAUUUUCGGAAAAAUGCCCCAUGGGCAAGUGUUAGAUUCUCUCACCAAGAGUUCCUGGACUUGAAUCCACCCAACAGACAGUCUGCAUGGGUUGAAGUGCCUGGAUGGCGCAAAGAGCGCAACCUUGAGGACAAAGGGGUGUUUACUUUUUCUUUUCUUGCUUCCUCCAAAGAAAGAAAGUUGAAAAAAGGUUUACUACGAAUAUGUGUUGUACGCAGGGUUGCUUCACGGUGUGCCCCAUGCACAGGAUUUGCUUCACACAUUGCAUCAGGGAGUGAGCCUAUGUGCAAUAGCUGGGUUGCUGACAGAUCAUUUCAACUCCAAACAUCCUGGGCAAACUUUGGCUGA